UAAAUACUCGUUUUCCUCUGCUAUGUUUGCUCGGAAUAUAUAGGCAUAUUCAAUGUUGAAUUUCAUUAAGUUAGCAUUUGCCAAUAGCUGUCUCUUUAACGAUUAAAAACAAACAGAUGACAACAACAGAAAGUGUGUGGGAGCUUGCAGCGGCCAAGGAGCAAGUGAGCGAUCCAUUAGCAGGGAGACGCUGGCGGCUGAAGCCCGAGCCCAGCCAAUAAGCGAAGCGCGCCAAUGUCUGAUUGGUCGAGGUCGGGAGCUCCGCGCCAUGAAUGGAGCUGUCAGUCAUUCAUUGUGACGUGAGGGUUCCGGCGCGGCGUUCGGUUGGUUUGUGCAGAAAGGGCGGGAAAUGCUCAAACGCGGGAGUUUGUGUUCGAGCCGCCACUCCGUCACCGCCAGUUUAUUUAUUUAUUUUCACUAUUUUUCCGGCCGUCUCCGCGCACCGUCGCCGCGAUGGCGGAAAACCAGGUUCUCUGCGGUUCUCCUAAGCGCGUUUCUGUCAUUAAAACCACCCCGAUUAAACCCAAACACGUGGAUGUGACGCCCACCAGCCCCGGCUUCAGUGAUUUCAUGGUGUAUCCCUGGAAGUGGGGUGAGAACGCACACAAUGUCACCCUCAGCCCCGGCGCCUCCUGCACCGACAACAGGAAUCUCCAACGCAGACCCGCCGCUGUUGCAGUGGAGGCUUUCGACCGGGAACUGGAUCAUCUCUCGCAGGAUGGAACAAGACGUGGCCGCCCAAGAGCGGAGCUAAUUCGUGAUCUGAUAAAUGAGGGUGAGCACUCCUCCAGCAGAAUCCGCUGCAGUACCUGCAACCGAGUGUUUCCUCGCGAGAAGUCCUUGCAAGCUCACAAGAGAACACACACUGGUGAAAGACCUUAUUUAUGUGACUAUCCAAACUGUGGGAAAGCAUUUGUUCAGAGUGGGCAGCUAAAAACCCACCAGCGCCUUCACACAGGGGAAAAGCCGUUUGUUUGUUCUGAAACUGGCUGCGGAAGUAGGUUCACACAUGCCAACCGUCAUUGUUCCAAGCAUCCUUAUGCACGUUUACGGAGAGAUGAAGCAUCUAACGGAGCGUCCAAGGCACAGGCUGCGGACAACGAUGCUGUUGCAGAGUGGCUGACAAAAUACUGGGAGACGCGAGAGCAGCGCGUGCCUUCUAUUAAGAACACGGGCCAGAAGGCUGACCAGGAACAGCAGGAUCCCAUGGAGUUCAUCCAGUCUGACGAAGAUGAGGACGAAGAGAAGAACGGCCCCCGCGCUGCAGCGCGUCGCCGCAUGCAAGAGCAACGGGAGCGGCUGCACGGCGCCCUGGCUCUCAUUGAGCUGGCCAACUUAACUAAAGAAUGAUCGUGCCGACAGAUACGAUGCAAUGCAUGUAUCUCAUGAAGGGGAACUGUCUGUGGACUAGUGUCGUAUUAAUCCACUAGACAGAAGGAAUGCACCUUAUAUUUUGCUUAUUAAUAGGCUGCUAUCAUGUAGAAUUUAAGAUGAUGAUGAUGAAUGUUGUUGCCCUUGCUUAAAGGAGCACAAGUGUUAUGCACUUUUUGUCUGGAAGAAGUCUAUAUAAAGUUUUAGAUUGGUGAAUGUUGAUAAGCUUUGAAGGAUCAGAUAACGUAAGGAAGGGUAGAGAUCCUGCAAGUGCCACAUUCUAGAUACUGCAGGAAUAUAUAACUUGCAUUUAUAGUACAAAAUGUGCCCUGUUUGUUGGCAUGCAAGAUGUGCAGUGCCUUUCUGAGAUCUGCCUUGCAAAACUAACUUCCAAUAGACUUCAACAUAUACUUAACACCAGCAACAUGUAGAGGAUUUUAAUUAGAAGUUGAAAGAGGUACAUAAUGGCCAACUUUUCAGAUAGAAGUGCGGCACGACCUUUCUCGGAGAGCAGCUGACUUGUGAGUCCUUUUUCAAUUGUAACUGGUUGAUCUUUAGGUUUCUUGAGACAGACAAAAUCCUGUUCAGUUCCAUGAAUACCUCUACCCCCAGCAAAUCUUUAAAAUGCACUGAUGUAUUCACCAAGCUCUUCAAUUUGAGAACCACUACAGCAUUUGAAAGGGUAGUCAGUGAUUUUAUUUUUCCCACCAUUAGAAAACCUUGACUUAUUGGGAAUAAAUCAUUCACUAGCAAUAGAUAUGUAGGAACAUUGACUAAAUGGGAACCACUUAAGAUAUAUUCUCAUUAAACCACAGGUACAAUAACAUUUUUGAAUCCAUAUCUUGUUUAAAAGACAUGAUGUAAACCAAGUUUCUUCAUGUUAUAGGAUGCAGCAUUAUAGUACCACUAAGACCUUCUUUAUAAUAGCCUGGUGUGGGAAUUGCAGAUUACUUUAAAUUUGCGGGGGGUAGGGGGGAGGAUUAUUGCUCUUGGUUGCAUCAAACAUUGGAAAACAAAUUUUGCCCUCUUAAUGGUGUUAGAAAAUGUGUAACUUCUAGUCUGAGUUGGUCACAUAUGAACAUUGGCACUUGUACAGCUGCUGAAGGUGAGGAGCUGACGUGGAUGUGAGAGCAGAGCACUGGGACUGUUCUUUUUAGAGCACUAAAAGGACCGAAUACCUCUGUGUGAAACACAAGACAAAUUGCACCGUUUGUUAUAAAUGCAAAGUAUUCCGUCCAAAUGAUUCUAAGCAAUCCUGUGAGAUCUGGAUCAGAUAUUUGUCAAAAUUAGCAGGAUUUGUUGUAUUUAACUAGUUGCAGUGUGACGUAUAAAAUUGUACAUAACUGUUUUACAAGUACUGGAAAUGGUGAGGAGGUUACUUUCUAAACAAAACCAAAUUGCUUACCCUAUUUUGAUUUGUAAAAUGCAGGCUUGGGGCUCUACAAGAGAAAUGUGGCACUCAUUAAUUUAAGUUGUUAGUGAAGUUCGUACCAGGUGAUUUUGGUGAUGGAAGAAGUUUUGUUGACUUUCCUGUUGGCAACACUAAAUUGUAUUGCUGUGUCAGUAGUUUUAUUAUAGUCUUUGCAGUUUUGUAGCUUGCAGUUAUUAAAGUGUAAAAAGAAAACAAUAUGUCCUCUGGACAGCUUCAAUUUGUUUUUACCAUAAUCCAAUAUGUUCUACCUUGUGCUUCAUAUGCCAGUAAAAUAUUUAGUUACUACAUGAAAUUUUACAUUUUUACUAAGUUGAAAAGCAUGACAUGCAGAUAUAGACUAACAGCUGCCAUAGUUGCAUUUAUUUUCCACCAACUUGGUUGCAGCAUUGGUUAAAGCAACUGCGACUGAAGAAACUGUCAUUUUCAAAGGAAAAAGCAGUCUAGCCUCAGUGUCCAGACAUUUGGGAUUUCUAAGCCAAUUAUGCCAAUCAGAUUCUAUUCAAGACUUCCUUCAUCGGCUAAUUUGAUUUUUUUGUUGUGUGUAAUUGAAAUUUAUUUAUUUUAGAUUGGUAUUGGAUGUAGCUGAUGUCGUUUUCAAAGUAUUUUAUGUAGAAGCUGGACUACACUUGGAGAUGUAUAAACUUGCUUUGUUGGAAACUAAAUAUGAUACAGCUACAAAUGCUGUGGUUUGUUAGAUGAUUGCUAACUGUUGAAGCAAACCUCACAACCGUGGUCAGAAGUAUGAAUUGCUGCUUGACCAUGCCACACCUACCAUGUAGUACAGCUGGGCCCAAAGUGUUUAAGAAUUAAGGGAGAAACUAUAAUAAUAUUCCACUUUUGUAUAGUUCUGGGUGGUAUUGUAGGUUCAUACAACUCCAAUCUGUGAAAGGAACCAGAGGUAGAAUGGAUUUCACACAGAAACCUGUGGUGUUUUUAAUUCCUCAAUUUUUUUUUUGUUUUGUUAAAAGGAUUUGUGGAAUUUAAUAGAUCUGUAAGCAUUUCUAAUUUAAACAUGUGUGUACCAGAAUAAAACUUGUAGUCAAAUUGUGUUGGCAUAACUGACUUGCAAGGUUAUUUGUCGUCUUGCAAAUCUAAAGAUUGCUGUGCAUUGUUUGUACAUUAAUAUUGCAUUGGAGCAAAUUGUAUUACGAUUAAAGUUAAUUAACACUUCCCAUCUAUUGCUCCAAAAUAAUGUAUUUUGUGUUGUGGACUACCUACCCUCUGUUUGAGGAGGUGGGAAAAUGUCCUGCGUCCAGGUGUUUGAAGCCUUUGCAAGGAUUAGUAGGCUGGAAACUUCCCCCUUUCCUUUGUGUACUUUGGCUUAUGCUAUCUUCUUGAGAAUUCCCUAAGUAACCAUUUGACGAUAUACAUUUUCAGUUCUACUGAUUGGAGCCGUAACAUAGCACCACCCAGUGGUUCUGAAGACUAGAUGUUGCAUGAAGGUAAUUUCAUUAUGCAAAAGAUUUGGGGAGAUGGUUUAAUGUUGAUGGUGAGGCCC